AGCGUGGUGAAGCUAAUGAGAGGCAUCCUUCAGUGCAUAAUGAGACAGAUGGAUAAAGUGGAGAAGUUUAAAUACAGCAGAAGCACCUCAGACUCGCUCCAUGCUAAGUACAACACCAACACCUGUGCUCCGAUAGUGGGAGACGAUGAGUGGGGUCACCUGCAGGUCGACGCAACCUCCCUCUUCCUGCUCUUCCUCGCUCAGAUGACUGCUUCCGGUCUCCAUAUCGUCUACACUCAAGAUGAAGUGGACGUAGUUCAGAAUCUCAUGUUCUACAUCGAGACGGCUUACAAAGUGGCUGUAAGUGUCCUUCCAUUGUCAAAGCCCUAG